AUCAGCAUCACAGGAAGUGGCCGCCCCUCCUCACGACGUCAAACCUCUGGAUAGCUGGUCCACCCCCCGCCAAACACGGUCCACAUCUGGACACAUGCACGCAGGGAUUGUGGAUUUCUACACACACAAACAUUUGACCUUUUGGGGGACACGAUGUCGGAAGUCCGGAAAUUCACCAAGAGGCUGAGCAAACCCGGGACGGCGGCGGAAGUCAGACAGAGUGUCUCGGAGGCGGUGAGGAGCUCCGUGGACCCGGUGGAGCAGCCCAAGAUCAUCGAGCCUCUGGACUAUGAAGCUGUGGUGUUCCAGAGAAAGGCUCAGAUCCACAGCGACCCCCAGCGAGACUUGUUGCUCUGCCCGGUCGACGAUGUCUCGGAGUCCCAAAUAUCACGGCAGAGAAGGACUGUGGUUCCCUCUGUGCCCCAGAAUGCUGAGCGGGAAGCCAGGAGUCUGUUUGCCAAAGAGUGCAUCAAGAUGUACAACACCGACUGGCAUGUCAUCAACUACAAAUAUGAGCCUUAUUCUGGUGACUUCCGCAUGUUGCCGAGCAAAGGCCUCAAGGCGGACAAGCUAGCCACUCACGUGUUUGAGGUUGAUGAAGAUGCAAAAGAUGAGGAUACGGCGUCACUGUGCUCCCAGAGAGGUGGCAUCAUGAAGCAGGGGUGGCUUCAGAAAGCCAACAUUAACAGCAGCCUGUCCGUGUCCAUGAGGGUGUUCAAGAGGAGGUACUUCUACCUGUCCCAGCUGCCUGACGGCUCCUACAUUCUCAACUCCUACAAGGAUGAGAAGCAUUGCAAGGAAACCAAAGGCUCCAUCUACCUGGAUUCAUGUAUUGACGUUAUUCAGAGCCCUAAAAUGCGGCGUAAUGGCUUUGAGCUGAAGAUGCAGGACCGCUACAGCCACUUUCUGGCAGCUGACAGCGAAGCCGAGAUGGAGGAGUGGGUGACCACACUCAAACAGGCCCUACAGAGCAGCACCGAGGCCGGCCAGGAGAGGAGGAAUGGCGCAGAGUCCCUGGAUGGCUCCUUGGAUGAUGACACCACCAGCCAAGGAAAAAGCGAGAGCCUACUGGAAGGUCUCGGCAGGAACCUACAACCUGAGCUCACAAAGUAUACCAGGGAGACAGACCAGCUCAAUAAGAUAAACCGGAAUGAAGGCAGGCAAAAGCUUUUCUGUCUGGAUCCCGAGACACAGAGGCUGGACUUUUCGGGUAUCGAGCCAGAUGUGAAGCCGUUUGAGGAGCGCUUCGGCCGUCGCGUCGUGGUCGGUUGCCACGACCUGACCUUCAGUCUGCAGGGCUGCGUCAGUGAGAAGGGCGACGGCGUCCUCACCAAUGUGGAGCCGUUCUUCAUCAGCCUGGCGCUUUUUGACAUCUCCAAGAACUGUAAAAUCUCUGCCGACUUCCACGUUGACCUCAACCCGCCCUGCGUGAGGGAAAUGCUGACCGACACCUCGGGUCAGCUCUCGCCUUGCUCAGACUCCGAGGGGGGAGGAGGAGGGAGAGGCAGGGGUGGUGGGGGAGGCCGGGCUUUAAUGAGCGGGGACGCCGGGAGGGGGAAUGGCCUGCUUGUUCUUCAAAGGGUGUCGGAGACUCUGCUGCACUUUCCUACACAGGCUAUCUUUUCAGUAACCAACCCACAUGCUGAUAUCUUUCUGGUGGCCCGUGUGGAGAAGGUGUUGCAGAAUGGCAUCACCCACUGUGCCGAGCCAUACAUAAAGACCUCUGAUAUCAACAAGACCGCACAGAAGGUCCUCAAGGCAGCCAAACAGACAUGCCAACGACUUGGCCAGUACAGGAUGCCUUUUGCUUGGGCUGCUAAGCAGGUGUUUAAGGACGCUCAGGGAAGCCUCGACAUGGACGGGAAGUUUUCUCCACUCUACCGGCAGGACAGCAGCAAAAUCUCCACUGAUGACAUCCUCAAGCUGCUGGCUGACAUCAGGAAACCUGAGAAGAGCAAGCUUCAGACCAUCCCUGGACAGCUGAAUGUCACCAUUGAGUGUGUCCCGCCCGACUUCUCAAACACGGUGACCUCCUCUUACAUUCCCGUGAAGCCCUUCGAGGAAAGCUGCGAGCGUGUGUCCGUGGAAGUGGAGGAGUUUCUCCCCGAUGAGGCGAAGUACAACUACCCUUUCACUACAUACAAGAACCAGCUCUACAUCUACCCUCUGCAACUCAAAUACGACAACCAGAAGAGCUUCACCAAGGCAAGAAACAUUGCAGUCUGCAUACAGUUUUUGGAUUCUGAUGAAGAAGGUGCAACCCCUUUAAAGCUUAUCUAUGGCAAACCUGGAGACUCCCUCUUCACCAACAGUGCCUAUGCAGCCGUCCUGCACCACAACCAAAGUCCAGAAUUCUACGAUGAGGUAAAGAUGGAUUUGCCGGUCCACUUGCAUGAAAAACACCACAUCCUCUUCAGUUUUUACCACAUCAGCUGUGAGUCAAGCACCAAAACCAGCAGCAAGAAGAGAGAGGGCGUAGAGUCUCUGGUGGGGUACUCAUGGUUGCCUCUGCUGAAAGAUGGCAGGAUGCAGUCCACAGAGCUCCAGCUACCUGUAGCUGCAACCUUGCCUCCUGGAUACCUCUGUCAGGACACCAGAAAGUCGCAGCCGGAUAUCAAGUGGGUGGAAAAUGCAAAGCCACUGUUCAAAAUGAGAAGCCGUGUUGCAUCAACAAUAUAUGCUCAGGACCUACAUCUCCACAAGUUCUUCCUGCAUUGUCAACUCAUGAGGACCACAUCAGAAGACAACCAGGCAGAGCUCAUUAAAUACCUGAAGUGCCUGCAUGCCAUGGAGACGCACGUCAUGGUCAACUUCCUGCCCAUGGUACUGAUGCAGCUGUUUGAGGUGCUCUCAGCAGCCACCAAGGAAGCCCAGCAGAUUGCAGUCAACUCUCUUCGUGUUGUCAUACAUGUAGUCUCUAGAUGUCAUGAGGAAGGGCUGGAAAACUACCUGCGUUCUUUUGUCAAGUACGUGUUUGUGUACAACAAGCCUACGUCUGGAAACGCUGCGUACACCCACGAGGUGCUAGCUACGGCGGUCACAGCCAUUCUCAAGCAGACGGCAGAUUUCAACACGAGCAACAAGCUGCUCAAGUACUCAUGGUUCUUCUUUGAAACAAUGGCGAAAUCUAUGGCCCAGUACCUGCAAGAGGAAAACCGCAUGAAGAUGCCGAGGGCCCAGCGCUUCCCGGACAUGUUCUACCAGGCUCUGCAGUCACUGGUACUCUCCAUCAUGCCUCACAUCACCGUUCGCCACAUGGAGAUCCCCGAGGAAGCACGCUGCAUCAACCUGAGCUUGGCCAAUUUCAUCAAGAGGUGCCUGACUUUCAUGAACAGGGGGUUUGCUUUUACCCUCAUCAACCACUACAUGUGCCACUUCACUCUCAAAGAUCCAAAGGUCCUGACCGAAAUGAAGUUUGACUUCCUGAUGGUGGUGUGCAACCACGAGCAUUUCAUCCCCCUGAACCUGCCCAUGGCAUUUGGGCGCACCAAGCUGCAGAGGGUGCAAGAUUUUAUUCCGUAUGCGACGGAGCUUUUUGGCCCUGUAGAGCAGAGUCUGGAGUUCAGCUUGACUGAGGAAUACUGCCGCAACCACUUCCUGGUAGGCCUGCUGCUCCGAGAAGUGGCGGCGACCCUGCAGCAGGGGCCCGAGGUCCGGCAACUUGCCGUGAGUGUGCUCAAGAACCUGCUGAUUAAACACGCCAUGGAUGACCGCUACACGGCCUUCAAGAACCAGCAGGCCAGGAUCUGUUUGCUCUAUCUCCCUCUAUUUGAGCUGCUUUACCAAAACCUGAAGCAGCUGUCCGCCCAGCCAUACAUCUCCAGCCCCGGACUGGCCCUCAAUGGCUCCAGAGAUGACCUUAUAUCAAACAGUUCUUCAGACAGCAGGAGAAUCAGCACUGCCAUAGAGCGAGAUCACGGUCCGCCCGCCCUUAACGGCCAUGUGAGGAGGGAUGACUCCAGAGGCUCUCUGUUUAUGGAUCCUGGGACGCCAGAUAGCAUUGAGAGACGUGGUUCCACCAUGAGCAGCAGUCCCGGGGCCUCCGUCGGGCGUCUGGGCCCCUACGAGAUCAGGGGCCUCCUGUUUGCCUUCCUGCACGUGGCAAAGACUUUGUCAGAGGAUACUCUAAUGGCCUACUGGAACAAACUCAGCCCUCAAGACAUCAUGAACUUCCUCAAUUUGCUUGAGACCUGUCUGGUUCAAUUUCGUUACGUUGGAAAGAGGAACAUCAGCCGGAGUCAGGAGACAUGCAUGUCCAAGCUGUUCUUGUCUGACAGGAAGUCGCAGACAAUGCCGGCCAUGCGCUGCAACCGUGCAAGCGGUCUUCAUACCAAAAUAAACCAGUUUAACACCAUGGAGGCCUCGCUCACUCUCAACAUAGGGACGGGGCCGUCUGAAGCAGAAAUUCAUCAUCAGGCUGUGCUUGAGGGUAACAUCUCCACUGAGGUUUGCCUAAGUGUUCUGGAUGUCCUUUCACUUUUCACCCAGUAUUUUAAGACCCAGCUGCUGGACAGUGACGGUCACAACCCAAUGAUGAGGAAGGUGUUUGACGUGUACCUGACCUUCCUCAAAGUGAGCCAAUCAGAAGCCGCUUUCAGGCAUGUAUUUGCUGCCCUGCGAGCAUUCAUGAACAAGUUCCCUUCAGUGUUGUUCAAAGGUCGUGUGACCCUUUGUGAGCUUCUGUGCUGCGAGGUGCUCAAGUGCUGCGUCUCCAAGAUGGCGUCCCUGAGGGCCGAGGCCUCUGCGCUGCUCUACCUGCUCAUGAGGAACAACUACGAGUACACCAAAAGGAAGACCUUCCUGCGCACACACCUUCAGAUCAUCAUAGCUGUUAGCCAGCUGAUCUCCGACGUGGCGCUCAGCGGUAGCUCUCGCUUCCAGGAGUCGCUCUCAAUCAUCAACAACUUUGCAAACAGCGACAAGGCAAUGAAGUCCACAGUGUUCCCCUCGGAAGUAAAGGGUCUAACGAAGCGCAUCCGCACGGUGCUGAUGGCCACGGCCCAGAUGAGGGAGCACGAGAAAGACCCGGAAAUGUUGCUAGACCUGCAAUACAGCCUGGCCCGGUCCUAUGCUAGCACUCCCGAGCUGAGACGGACUUGGUUGGACAGCAUGGCCCGCACACACCUCAAGAAUAAUGACCUCUCAGAGGCGGCGAUGUGCUAUGUUCAUGUGGCUGCGCUGGUUGCGGAGUACCUGCACCGGAAAAAGUUGUUCCCCAGCGGGCUUGCUGCCUUCAAAAAGAUCACGCUGAACAUUGAGGAGGAGGCCGCCAUGAAGGAAGACACGGGGAUGCAAGAUAUUUACUACACCGAGGAAGUCCUGGUGGAGCACCUGGAGGUGUGCGUGGAAGCUCUGUGGAAAGCUGAGCGCUAUGAGCUCAUCACUCACAUCGCCAAACUGGUGAUCCCGUGUUAUGAGAAGCGUCAUGAUUAUGAGAAAUUGAGCCGACUGUAUGACACGCUGCACAGAGCCUACAACAAGAUCAUGGAGGUGAUCCAAUCAGGUCGCAGGCUGCUCGGAACCUACUUCAGAGUUGCCUUUUAUGGACAGGGCUUCUUCGAGGAGGAGGAUGGGAAGGAGUACAUUUACAAGGAGCCCAAACUCACCGGUCUGUCCGAAAUCUCCCAGCGACUUUUGACGCUCUACGGGGAAAAGUUCGGGCCUGAAAAUGUCAAGAUCAUUCAAGACUCAAACAAGGUCAACUCCAAAGACCUGGACCCCAAGUUUGCCUACAUGCAGGUGACCUUCGUCAAGCCCUACUUUGAGGAGAAGGAGGCGCCGGAGAAAAAGACGGACUUUGAGAAGUGUCAUAACAUCAACCGCUUUGUGUUUGAGACGCCGUACACGCUGACGGGCAAGAAGCAUGGUGGCGUGGAGGAGCAGUGCAAGAGGAAGACCGUGCUCACAACGGCCAACACCUUCCCUUAUGUGAAGAAGCGAGUGGAGGUGGUCGCGGAGAAGCAAGUGGACCUCCGGCCGGUGGACGUGGCCAUUGACGAGAUGAGGUCCCGCACGGCUGAGCUGCUCAAGCUGUGCUCCAGCGCCGAGGUGGACAUGAUCCAGCUGCAGCUCAAACUGCAGGGUUGCGUUUCUGUGCAGGUGAACGCUGGCCCCAUGGCCUACGCCAGAGCCUUCCUACAUGACAGCAAGUCCAACCAGGCUGGGGGCAAGAAAGUGAAAGAGCUUAAAGAUAUUUUCAGACGUUUUGUGGAGUCGUGCAGCAUGGCUCUGGAUAUCAACGAGCGUCUCAUCAAAGAGGACCAGUUUGAGUACCACGAGGGCCUCAAGGCCAAUUUCAAAGACAUGGUGAAGGAGCUCUCUGACAUCAUCCAUGAGCAGCUUUAAAGGAGAACAGAUCUACCAGGAGGGUAUGAUGCGCUCGCUCCUGCAAAACUCCCUCCACGUGUUCCAUGCUAUCAGCGGGACCUGCUGACCUCGGCUGACUGUUACCCCUUCAUGAUAUUCCACCACCCUUAAGUGUCGCAGCUCUCCUCCCUCUGUGCCCACUUUCUGCCUGCCUGCCAAGACGAGGACGCCAUCAGGUUGCAUUUCUACUGGAUGUGCAGCUGAAGAAUGUAAUGCAGCAUAAGUCAUGCUGAUAUGCACUGCACUUUUUAAAUUUUGUUUUUUUUCCUAGGCGACAAAUUGCAGGACUGACUCAUGUUGCCCUCAAGGGAUAUUAAAGCCAUUAUGCCGCCCCGCUAUCACCCUUCACAUCUAUGCAGGAUACCUCCUGAUGAAUGCUCGCAUGUUCCCACUGCUAUUAAACAAAGGCUAAAAGGAAAACAGCCAGCAACUAAAACACAUGAGUCACGUUUAAAGAGCGUCAAGCAGCUUCAUGUGUAAACAGGCACUCAAGGCAGAGCCUGUGUUGCAUCUGGAAUGUUGCUAAGCAAACAAUGGCAGCCUAAUGACACAUGCCUUGGUUCCCUCACUUGCAAUUGAUAGUCUUUCACAAGUGCUACACUGAAAAUGUGCAUAAUGUACAUAUCGUGUCACUGUGCUGUACAUUUUAUUCCAUGUUAAUGUUUGUAAGUACUGUGUGUAUGUAAUAUGGUCACAUGUUGCACUCUGGAACCUCAUUUUUUUAAUUAUUGCAUACAGGAGUGCAGUUCCUUGUUAAAAUCAUUAGAUAGCUUUUUUUCCUAAUAAAUGACAG